UCAGUUCUGCGGCGCCGCCAUAGCGGUAAUGUGUUAGAGGUGCGCGUCACACGCCGUUGCGAGUACGAACGGGAUCGGUAUUCUUUUGUUCCCCUUCCUUUUUUUUUUGUUUUGUUUUACUCCGAAGACACACUCUUUCCGUACGAGCGGCUGCGGGACACUAUUUCGAAAAUAGCCGGUGACCGUUUUUACAUUUGUGUUUCGUGUCGAAUAAAUUGUCUCGUUACCAGAGUGUCGGCCACCUCUCAAAAGAAAUAAAUAACGAGCUGCAUAGACAGCUUACCUCCUGAGAUCUCGUGGUAACUGCUGAAUUUGACGUGCAUCAGUGGUGCAUAACAGUGCUUUUUUGUGAACAGCGGAAGAAAAUUUUCUAAAAUUCGUUUGAAAAAAGUGCAAAUACCAUAGUGCCACCGCUCAAUGCGGACAGGAUUAUACGUGGAGCCAACGUCCUCAGGAAUUCUCCGUCGUUGCUGCAGCAGCCCAAGGAUGCCAGAGUCGGUGAAGAAACGGUGACACUCCGAGCUGUGGCGGCAAGGCUCGUCAAGGACGCGGUCUCCCUUACUACUGCGAGCAGGAAAGAGGCGAGCGGAGGAGAGAACAACGACAAAAAAGCAACCAAGUCUCAGGAGGAGUGCCCCAUCCUCGCUUUUAAUUCAUUCCUGUCUGGGAAGAGAGAGAGAGAGAGGGAUUAAGACGUGCAGACGAGCUGACAGAAGGGAACGAGACAAUAAUCUCUCGCUGCGCCGGCUGAAUGAAAUGAUUUAUCUCCCCCUUGCGUGAUAUCGGCCCAUUCUCGGUGCGGCAUAUCUUCGGGCACAGGUCCUUAAGCUCUGGAGCAGCGAGGAUCCUUUCCCACUUUUCCCCCCCCUGUUGUCGCGACGGAAGAAGACGUUCUUGAUUCGACAUCGAACGAUACGGGUGACGUCUAGUGCCUUCAGAGCGUUUUUUUUUAUGUUGACGAUACUGUCAAAUAUGAGCAGAGAUUCGUCUCUUUGACAGUGUGACGAAGAAAAAAAAGAAGCGACAAAUACGAGCGCCUUGUAAUAUCUCUGCGUUUUCCACAGAGGUAUAAACUCACUGAGAGUAUAUAUUGUGCGGUUUUGUUUGUGUGUGUGUGUGAGUGUUCUUUUUUUCUUGCGCGAGAAGUGCUCGAUCGCUCCGUCGUUUCGGUUCGUUCCGCGCGAAGUUUUUCCGCGAAAUUCUGCGCUUGCCGGUUUCGUUCGUCGCGCCGCGUUUUCCGAAAAUUUGUUAACCGCUUUGCUGACCGGCAGGGAAGGAAAUAAAAUAACAGUUUUCUGCUGCACUCCUUACCGAUUCAUAGUAAAUGUGAAAAUCGUAGGUUGUGCACGUAGAUUUAUUUUAUUGUUUUUUACGUUUGGUUUUACUGCAAACAGUGAGCGCGUUUGGCAGUGAAGACUGUCGUGGAACAGUAGCUCAGAUUUGUUUCUUCGUUUCGCGUGUGUUCACUGGUGACGUCACGUCCUAUCUGUUCAGUGACCGCGUUGCAGCGGAUUGAGGUGGUGGUUGUUGUUCAUCGAGCAAUCCCUGAUCGUCGGAGAAAACCGGCAGCUGUCACGAGGAGAAGAGAGUUCCUUGGAUGCGGAUAGCGAUUUUUGGUGCGACCAGGGACGGCGAGAAGAGAUACGACUGUUAGCGUGGCGGUCGCGAUGCUGAAGGCGCUGCGCCGGCGGCCGGUGCGUUUCGCGGCGCUGGCCGCCGCCGUGGCCGUGGCGCUGCUGUGCCUCUACUACCGCAACAUGGCCGCCGCGGGGGAGUCCCCGGCGCCGGCGCCUCUGGCGGCCGCGGGCCGAAGCUCGGCGCAGGGCGGGCCGCGCGAACCGCUGCCCCAGCAGCAGCAGCCGCCGCAGCCGCAGCAGCAGCUGCAGCAGCAGGGCGACGACCGGGAGGAGGACAACGAGGUGCUGGCGCAGCCGCCGGGGGCCGGCGGAGGCGAGCCGCCCCCCGCGCCACAGCCCCCGGAGGCGGACGACCUGCCCGACGCCGUCGUCAGCCGCGACAACUGCCCCGCGCUCGUCGUCGCCGACGCGGACGUCGACACCUCGGAGCAGUUCCGCAAAUUCGAGUUCCAGCCCUACUGGAUGAAGAGCCGCGAAUACUGGGACGCCAACUUCGAGUCGCGCUACAAGGACAGGAAGGAGAAGUGGGCCGACAUGCCGCUCAAGGUGGUGAUCGUACCGCACUCGCACAACGACCCGGGCUGGCUGAAGACCUUCGAGAGUUACUACCACUACCAGACGCGCAACAUCCUCAACAACAUGGCCGACAAGCUGCCCACGCUGCGCAACAUGACCUUCAUGUGGACCGAGAUCGCCUUCUUCGCGCAGUGGUGGGAAACGGCUCACCCGACGAAGCGGCGAGUGGUGCGCCGGCUGCUGGAGGAGGGCCGGCUGGAGAUGACGACGGCGGGCUGGGUGAUGACCGACGAGGCCACCUCCCACCUGUACGCCAUGCUGGACCAGCUCAUUGAGGGGCACCAGUGGCUGAAGAACAACCUGGGCGUGGAGCCGCGCUCCGGCUGGUCGGUGGACCCGUUCGGGCACGGCUCGACCGUCCCGUACCUGCUGAAGGCGGCUGGGCUGGGCGGCGCCGUCAUCCAGCGCAUCCACUACGCCUGGAAGCAGUGGCUGGCCGAGCGCCAGAUGGGCGACUUCCUCUGGCGCCAGAACUGGGACCGCGACGGCAGCGCCGACCUGCUCGUGCACAACCAGCCCUUCGACAUCUACUCCAUCAAGCACUCCUGCGGCCCACACCCACAGGUGUGCCUCAACUUCGACUUCCGCAAGAUCCCGGGCGAGUACACGGAGUACUCGGUGCGGGCGGUGCCGAUCGACCGAUCGAACGUGCGCCAGAAGGCGGAGCUGCUGCUGGAGCAGUACGGCCGCACCGCGUCGCUGUCGCCCGCCAACCUGGCGCUCAUCCCGCUGGGCGACGACUUCCGCUACGACCGCGACGUCGAGUGGCAGCAGCAGUACGCCGGCUACUCGCAGCUCAUCGCCUACAUCAACGCGCACCGCGACCGCUACCACGCAGAGGUCAACUUCGGCACGGUGUCGGACUACUUCGACGCGCUGCGCGAGCGCUCGGCCAAGCUGCGCGCGGCCAACAGCAGCGCCGGCUUCCCGCGCGUCCGCGGCGACUUCUUCGUGUACAGCGACAUCUUCAGCGAGGGCCGGCCCGCCUACUGGUCGGGCUACUUCACGACGCGGCCCUACUGGAAGCUGCUGGACAGGGAGCUGGAGGCCGCACUGCGCUCCGCCGAGAUCCUGUACGCCGUCGCGCUCGCCGCCGCGCGCAGGCCGCCCACCUCGUCGGCGCCGUCCAACUCCUCGGUGAUGCGCCGGCUGCUGGAGCGCGACUUUGAGCGGCUGGAGCGCGCGCGCCGCUCGCUGGCGCUCUUCCAGCACCACGACGCCAUCGCCGGCACUAGCAAGGCCUUCGUCAUGCACGACUACGCGCUCAAGCUGUUCGAGGCCAUCCAGGACGCCACGCAGGUGACCGCCAGGGCGGCGCUGUCGCUGCUGGGAGGCGACGGAGGCGGAGGCAGCGGUGGGGCGUCCAUCGGAGGCGGUGCGGGGGCGGCGGCGGCGGGGAGCGGCGCGGGGGCGGCCAAGCUGUCGCUGCUGCCCGACACGGACCGCGAGUCCUACGAGAAGCUGCCGCGCAAGGUGCCGCUGGUGGUGCCGCGCAACGAGCCGCGCCGGCUGGUGCUGUGGAACUCGCUGGCGCAGCAGCGGCAGGAGGUGGUGGCGGUGCGCGUCACGACGGCCAGCGUGCGGGUGCUCGACCCGGACGGGCGCGCCAUCCCGCACCAGCUGAACCCCGUCUGGAACCUCACCGACGCCGCCACCGCCGCCCCCGACCCGGCCGCCGGCGGCCAGGACCGCCAGGACGCCAGGUACUCGGGCGGCGUGGGCGGCGAGUCGUCGCCGGGCCCCUACCUGCAGAUGUCGGGCGACGAGUUCGAGCUGCUGUUCGUGGCGGACCUGGCGCCGCUGUCGCUGGCCGUGUACACGGUGGAGCGCGCCGACGCGCCGCCGCCGGGCUCGCGCGCCGUCGUCUACUGCGCGCGCUGCCGGCCGCCGCCCGCCCCCGCCGCCCCCGCCGGCCAGGAGGCGCAGCCGGCGCCGUUCGAAGUGCGGCCCGUGCAGGCGGGCGACGUCCAGCUCGAGAACCACCGCCUCAAGCUGCUGCUCGACGGCCGCACCGGCCUGCUCAGGGCCAUCACCCGCAAGGCGACGGGCCGGGUGACGCAGUGCGGGCUGCUGUUUGCAGCGUACCCGUCGGCGCAAUUCCACAGCGGCGCCUACCUCUUCAUGCCGGACCCCAACUCCAGGGAGCCCGAGAGGGAGAUCCUGGGCCAGGGUGAGGAGGGCGAGAACGGGCCGCCGCUGAUCGUGAUCACGUCGGGGCCGAUCGCCUCGGAGCUGCGCACCGUCUCUCGGCCGCCGUCGCUCAUCGACCACACGGCGCGCAUCUACCACGCAGCGGGACCGCUCGCCGAGGGUGUGAGCCUGGAUGUGGUGGUGGACCUGGGAGCGCCCCCCAGGAACCGGGAGACGGAGCUCUUCAUGCGGCUCGUCACCGACAUCAGCAACGGGGAUCCCCCAGAGUUCUACUCUGACCUCAACGGCUUCAGCAUGCAGCGGCGUGUCAAGGUGGAGCGCGUGGGCAUCGAGGGCAACUACUUCCCGGCGACGACGGCGGCGCUGGUGCAGGACUCCGGCCGGCGGCUGACGCUGCUGGUGAACCGGGCGCAGGGCGCGGCCGGCUGGCAGCCCGGCUGGCUGGAGGUGAUGCUGGACCGGCGCACGCUGUACGACGACUCGCGCGGGAUGGGCGAGGGCGUCGUGGACAACAAGCGCACCGCCUCGCGCUACUGGCUGCUGCUCGAGGAGCUGGACCCGGCCGCCGCGCCAGGCCAGGUGACGCGGCUGAGCCUGGCGGCGCACCACCUGUCGAACGCGCUGCUGUACCCGCCGUCGCUGCUGGUGGCGGAGGGCCCUGCGCGCCAGCCGCGGCCGCAGCGCCGCCGCCUGCUGCUGGACCGGCCGCCGCCCUGCGACGUCCACCUGCUCACGCUGCGCCAGGCGCCCGCCCACGACGACCCCGCCUUCCCCUCCACCUCGGCGCUCAUGGUGCUGCACCGGCAGGGCUAUGACUGCGCCGUGACGGGAUCCACGGUCCCGCGCUGCGGGCCACUAGAUGCGACGUCCGACAAGGCCUUCCGGCCGGGAACCACUUUCCGCCCCGAGACCCCGGUGUCCAGGGUGUCCCGGGUUUCACUGACUGGACUCCGGGAACUGCCGGGUGCCGUCCCCGAUGCCGCCGACCUGGGAGCGGGGGCGGGUGCGCCCCGCGUCCGACCGAUGGAGCUGACUGCGCUCAACGUCACCUUCGCAGUCGUCUGACGGGGAACCCGGAGACGGCUACAGCGGUGGGCGGCGUAGUGUGUCCGGCCUGACAACGCCCCCGCCGGACACCGCAUUCGCCAGACUGCUGUGGCAACGACACCCGGGCGAGGCACUCGUGCGUGACCUCCCAUCCACUUCUACGACAGGUGUUGACGAGACGUUAGUACAGUAACGUGAGGAAUUCUUUCGGGCGUGGUGCAAACACUCAGGUCAGAUCACUGCACCAAUAUUCCACUGUUCGGGUAUUUUAUUGUGUGACGUGCAGCAUUGCACCGUCUCACCGGGAAGUCGGGCAGGGCACUCUAUCCGUAUUCGAGUGCCUCUGGGGCUAAAUGAGGCUGAAGACAAAUACGAGUGCUGUGUAGCCCCGACUUAUUGUAGGUACAAUAGCCAAAGCGUUAUCUACUGUGUGGACCUACAUCAGCUAGGGAGACACUGCGACCUUCCCUGUACCAUUUGGAACCUACGUCACUCAGGCCAAACGAGACAGAAGCUCGGCAGGUGACCGGCAGCAGUGCGGUGCAGCCCAAAUUAUGCUAGGAACGAUAGUCAGUCUUGGCUGUAGCAGAUAGCUCUCAGGUGUGGCGCAAACACUCAGGUCAGGUCAUCAGGUUAUACCUUCGCACCAGUAUUUCACUGCUGGGUAUUUUUACUGCAUUGGACAGGAUUCCCACCCAUACUCCAAGUAUCGCAGUGGCUAAAGGAGACGAGGGAAAUAUCAGUGCUGUGUAGUCCUAGUUUAUCACAAGGGCAACAGUCCAGCUCUCCUGUCCCAUGUUUACCUAUCGCACUUACGCAGAUUUAUGUACCAAGUGGACCUAAUCACACUGUGACCUUCCCCACAAAAUUUGGAACCUUUAUCAGUUGGGCAGCAUGGAACGCCCUAAUUAUGAUCAUCUCACUGGCCAAAUGAAAUGGAAGCUCAACUAAUGAUGAAUGUGAGUGCUGUGGAGUUCAACUUACGCCAGGAGUCACUUUCAGCGUGCCCCUAUCUAAACAUGCAUUAAUCAGAAAGACUCUCCAACCUUUGUUGUACUGUUCGUCGCCCACUCAGUGACUCUGAGCCCUCAGUGACCACAGCAUAUAGGCAGCCAGGGUGUGAUAAAUCUUGCUGAUAAACUGUCAUACAGUCAAGUCCUUGAAUCGUUGGUCUGUGCUCCUGCAUAAUGUGUGCAGGUACCAGAGAAUGCUGAAACUUGUGCAGUGAUCCCUGGUGUAAGAGGAUAAAUGUUCAAAAUUUCACUUUCAUCUGCUGUAAAUUGCUCCCAAACCAGUGUAAAUAUUUUUAUUGCUGCCAGAGCGUAAUCAGGGUAACUAUAAUCAAAAAUUGGGUUUCUUUUGUCAUGAUAUAGUUCUCCACUGAAGGUGGUGUCUUCACUUGAUAGAUUAGAUUUUGCAAGCUGUAUUGACUGUACUGGCCAGUGACAAAAACGUCUUUCGUGGGAACUGCUUGAUGUAUGAAGUAUUAGACAGUAUGACACCAGUGCAGAACAAAUGUAUCAACAUCUACAUUACUGCAUGUGACUUGUCUACAUGGGUGUAAUUACCAUAAAUGUGUUUUGUUGGGUCUAUUUGAUGAUGAUGAAUGUUUAGACUUGCAGAAAUGAGAUUCUGAACUGAGGAGUCCCUACAUUUCUCUUCGUGUUAUGUGUGUCCUGAUGAUGUGAGUGAUCAGUUAUUUCCAACAGCAAAAUUCUGUUGAGAGUAACAAAAGUGACCUGUUUGGCAUUUUAAACUUUUGUACAGUUUAAGAAGACAAGUGCAAUAUGGUAGCAACAUUUGACUCCUCUUCCUGAACAAAUUUGCUUGCAGUUCUGGAGCUGUUGUUCACCCUCAUGGAAUCUACAUUUUGGUCAGCUGGAGUUGGGCACGAUACAUCACAAGAAAAAUGGCCCCUAAUUGACUGGGAGGAAGGAGGGUUUGGGUAUUUGAAAACUGAAUGGUGCUUGCCUCAUUCAGCAAGGAGGGCUUGAGUACAUAAAAUAGAAUGGCACAUAGGUGUAAUGGGGGAAAGACAGCCUGGGUGCAUAAAACUGGAUGGUACAUAACUGUAGUGAAGGAGUUGUCCAUUGUAUCCAUUGUAUCAAAUAGGAUGGGACAUUGGUGUCAAAGUGGAAUUCUAUGUUGUUUUCCGUGUGACUGAUAUUUAUUGACAUUUUCUGAGGGUACUUCAUGCUUUCUUUGACGUACUAAACACAUCAUUCAUUCACCUGGCAAAGGGUGUCAAAAUAUAGGGCAUAUUGAUGUCAUGUUAAUAUUAAGAAAUUGUGAAACACAUUUAAUGUGUUACUCAAAACAUGCAAUGUGUACAGUGGUUGCUGUCCAUUGGUGCAAUAAUGGUGUUGACAUCCAGUCACAUACAUGGCUGCAUCAUCAGGUAACAAAGUGUGGAUUCCAUUGGCCAAUGCUAAAUUGUGGAACGAAGUAGUUAACUAUUACUGGUGACAGCAUUGCCUUCCAGUCAAAAGGAGGAUUUAAUAUAUGGCUCUGUCUUCAGUGGCUGUUGUAUCAUUGAUCCCCAUCCAUUGUAUGGCCGUCUGGGUACACUAUCUCUUUCCUGAACAAUUUGAUAAACAAAUCAUCACCUGUAUUUAAAAAUUAAAAUUUUUGUUGCUCACAAAAAGGUGUGGAACAACAGUCGUUACAUGAGCUCUUCAUCCCUUGUUUCCUUUGGCCACAUACCGCCUAACACUUACUUCACUGACUGCCUCGGAAAUUCUUCUAUGCAUUCAGUCAUGCAUAUCCUCGGCUGCUGACACAAACUUUAUUACACGUAUGCCUUAUAUGACAUAUUACCCACAGGUAGAUUAAAUUAUGUGACACUCAUUUCACUCUAGACCCACAGAGAGCGUAAGAGGUAAAUGUUUACACACGCAGAUGCCUUAUUAGAAGACACCUACCUCUCAUUUCCUGGCAAACUCCUCGCUCUCCAUUCUGACAAACACAAUACUUCCAGUUUUGUGCCAGGAAUUUGCAGUGCAGCCAUUCAACCAUUUCACUUCAUGCUAAAGGGUGGAAUAUUAUUGUAACGUUGUUGUACAGCGUUUUCCUUGCCUGUAAAAGCAGUUUAUGGAGAGGUCUGCUCAGUGUUGUUUUGUUCUUUUCAUAUCUUGCCAUGCACUGUGAAUCCAACUCAGUGCACACUUAAAACAGAGCUGUUAUUCAAAGGAGGUUUUUGACUGCAGAGUCACAGAAAGUGGAAAUGGUGUGCAGUGCCAAGAGGUAUAGGUUCUGCAUUCACCUGCAUUUUUUAAACUUGACUUAAUAUUCUUUUUUUUAUCAGUGAAAAUUGUUGACAUGGAAGUUGUAUACAUAACAUAGUAGGGCCAAAUGAGGAUAGGGUUUACGAAUCUCAUGGGUCACAUUUCAUGUCUGUAUUUGUAUGUACAAAGAGCAAUGGAAAAUACCAAAAAUUUAAAUGAGAAGUAGACUUGCAAGACACUCUCUAAUGGUAACAGAUGUGUUUUUUGUAACAGUAAAUUUCUUCUUCACCCCCCCCCCCCUUAUUUCUUCUUUCCUCCUUUAUUUCUAUUAGCUGUACUGGGUCAAAUUUGAUGAUGGGCACAGAUAGUGAGUUAGUGCAGUUAGGCAGUGAACCAAUCUGGAUGACACAAUUUAUAAUGUAAAUGUGAGAAUAACAGUUACAUGACUUGCUGUGCCCUGCUUCUACUUUUCCUUGUCUUCUGGUUUGCCAUUUUUGUUAUAUAUAUAUACAUAUUUUUUUUACCAGAAAGAAACAAAUGUGAAGGUAAAUAAACAUUUUUUCAGUGGAGAUUCCAAGAACAGCAACUAAAAAGUGCUGAAAUAAAAGUGUUAAAUUGUAGGUAAAAUGUGAAUGAGAAGAAAAUAAUGUAGAACGUGCUUGCCAUCAAAGAGCUUCUGUCGUCUACGAGUCCUGAACCACAGUGCAUUUGGUGUGGGAAUUGACCUGAUGUGGAAUUACAAGACUUGCGUGGGAGUGCAUUUCCCGAUUGAUUUUUUUUUUUUUUUUUUUUUUAAUAUCACAUGUGGUGCCCUGAAAGUGAACAAUUUGAAAUGUGUACGUGCGUGUUUAUGUAUGUGUCUGUAUGUGGUGGGAUCACUGUCUGGGUGUAUAUAGAAUGGAAGUCUUGUUAAAAGUCAAUAUUUUUUACAAUGAUAUUACUACAACUAUUGGUGCAGAGAGAGAUAGAAGAAAGGAACUGAGGACUGAGUGAGUGAAUGAAGUAGAGAAAGGCAAAUAAAACUGAUGUUACUGUGAAAUUAUGUAAAUAAAAAUGUGAUUCUAUUAAUAUGGAAUAAAAGUGUUAUUAAAGGUGCUACAAGAAUA